AUGGCGCAGCGCCCCGAGAACAAGGCACCGCCGCAAGUCUUCUACGACCCGAAGGAAGCACGCAAGUACAUCUACCACACGCACACUGUCGAGGUACAGACCCGCUUGGCAGAGCGUGCACUAGAACUACUAGAUCUCGAUCCGUCGACACUAGAGCAGGGCCCUGCACUCAUACUCGAUUUGGGAUGCGGUACUGGGCUAAGUGGAGACGUCCUGAGCCGUGCUGGGCACCUAUGGGUGGGUCUUGACAUCGCCGCUGCCAUGCUGUCAGUCGCCGUCGAGCGCGACGUUGACGGUGACCUCAUUCAACUGGACCUCGGAGCCGGUUUACCGUUCCAAAUCGGCUGUUUUGAUGGAGCAGUGAGUAUCUCAGUGCUCCAGUGGCUCUGUCAUGCUGACGCAAGCGACCAGGAUCCGCGAAAGCGUUUGUUUACCUUCUUCAUGACAUUAUAUGCAUGUCUUCGACGCGGUGCGCGGGCAGUGUUCCAGUUCUACCCGAGCCACGAACGCCAGGUGGCUUUCAUUUUCGCGCAAGCGAAACGGGCGGGUUUUGAUGGCGGGCUCGUUGUAGACUACCCGAACAGCACUCGUGCAAAGAAGUUUUACUUGGUGCUGCAAGCAGGCCCUGCGGAACGCGCGACAACGAUGCGCCAGCAGGCGUUAUCACCUGCAGUCGCGCGGCGCUUCGUGGAACCAAUGACGGAUGACGUGUCCGAAGAUGAAGCAUCGCUCUGUGAGACAAGGGCGCCGGCGGGAAACACUGCAAUCGCUGCAGUUCCCAAGAACAGGCAGCAAAAUGUUUCCCGUAAGUCAGUUCAUAGGAGGGUGCAGUCGGUCCGUCGUUUGAUUGAGAAGCAACGUCUUCGACGGUUACGUCAGGGGAAGCCCGUGCGCCCCCUCAGCAAAUACAGUGGCCGCAAACGGAGUUCUCAUUUUUGA